CUGUAUAUGUAUUCAAGUAUUUGUAAAAAGAAAUGUCAGUUAAAAUGACUAAAAGAAAACUUGACGACGAAACAGAUAAUAAACCUACCAGGGUUUUAUCAAAGUUUAAAUCUGAUACUGGAGAAACUCUUCCAGGUGGUUUAUUGGAUUUACCAGUUAAUGUAACGGUUGAUAAACUUCAAGCAAUUUGCAAUGCUUUACUUCAGCACAAAGACCCAGUCCCACUGGCAUUCUAUGUUAAUAACAAAGAAAUUACAGAUACGUUGGAAAAAAAUAUAGAAAAGAACUUUAAUAUAAGUGAAAAUGUUCUUGAAAUUGUGUAUCAACCACAAGCAAUUUUUAAAGUUAAAGCAGUAACGCGGUGUACUGGAUCCUUAGAAGGGCAUAAGGAAGCUGUUAUAUCUGUUGCUUUUUCACCCAAUGGAAAAUACUUGGCUAGUGGUUCUGGAGAUACAACUGUAAGAUUCUGGGAUAUUUAUACGCAAACUCCAUAUUAUACAUGUGAAGGACAUAAACAUUGGGUUUUAUGUAUUUCUUGGUCACCAUGCGGUAAUAAAUUGGUUUCAGCUUGUAAAAAUGGUAUGAUUUUACAUUGGGAUCCAAAAACAGGAAAACAAGUUGGUAAGGCAAUGAUUGGACAUAAAAUGUGGGUGACUUCUAUAAGUUGGGAGCCUUAUCAUAGAAAUCCAGAUUGUAGAUAUUUAAUAAGUGCAUCUAAAGACUGCGACUUAAGAAUAUGGGAUGUGACAUUUAGUCAAACAGUACGUGUUCUUUCCGGUCAUACAAAAAGUGUUACCUGUGUUAAAUGGGGAGGUAACGGUCUCAUAUAUUCUGCAUCUCAAGAUAGAACUAUCAGAGUAUGGAGAGCUGAAGAUGGAAUACUGUGCAGAACACUUGAAGGUCAUGGUCAUUGGGUAAAUACAUUAGCAUUGAAUGUAGAUUAUGUAUUAAGAACUGGUCCUUUUCAAAUGAGUAAUACAAAAGACAAAAUAGAGGAUCCCUUAGAAUAUGCAAAGAAUCAAUAUAACUCAAUAGGCGAAGAAAAGCUCGUUUCUGGUUCAGACGACUUUACAUUAUUUUUAUGGAAGCCAGAAAAAGAAAAAAAGCCUAUUGCAAGGAUGACAGGCCAUCAGCAAUUAAUAAAUGAUGUCAAAUUCUCACCGGAUGGUCGUAUAAUAGCAUCAGCAUCCUUUGAUAAAUCAAUCAAAUUAUGGGAUUCUAAUACUGGCAAUUACAUAGCAUCAUUAAGAGGUCAUGUACAAGCUGUUUAUUCUAUUACAUGGAGUGCAGAUUCACGUUUAUUGCUCAGCGGUAGUGCUGAUUCAACUUUGAAAGUAUGGAACAUGAAAACGAAUAAAUUACACGAGGAUUUGCCUGGACAUGCUGAUGAAGUUUAUGCUGUGGAUUGGUCUCCUGAUGGUCUUCGUGUUGCAUCAGGUGGAAAAGAUAAAGUUUUAAAAUUAUGGCAAAACUAAUAUUAGAGAAAUAAAAUAAAAAAUU